AUCUGCUAUACCUAGCUACCAGCUCUGGAUGCACACUCCAUUUAUCUGCAUGGAUAAAUGGGGAUUGUUGGAUUCAAUGCUGUGGAUAUGCUUCGUCUUCCUCUAUCCGAUCACAUUCACACCACCAUCCAUAUCACCCUAGCUUCUUGCUAUCCACCCUCUCCUAGCAUGGCCUCCCAGUGCUAGCUGCUGCUGCUGCUACUUCUUCUGCCGAUUCCACAACAUAUACAGUCUUUCUUAUAUAUAGGGACGAAGGCAUUUCUUGCUCGCUCCGGUCUCGAUUUCGUUCCGAUCGCAAGACAAUAACACAGAAAUCAAGGCCUGUACUGUACAUGCGAGCGAUUUAGAUGCCAAAGGAUGGAGAGCAGCAACCUCGAGGUCUUCCUCCGCGCCGCCACGCCCCACCUGCCAUGGCGCUCGGCCACAAUGGACUGUUUCGAAGGAGGGCCGAGUAGCGUGUGGCAGCUGGACAGGGAGAUCAAGAAGAGCGACGCAGCGGUGGGGUACUUCGCGCUGGCGGACCUGUGGGAGCACUACGCCGAGAGCAGCGCCUACGGACUCGCCGUCCCCGUCCGGCACCACGGCGGCCGGACGGCCGCCGAAAACACCGUCGUCACGCAGCAUUUCGUACCCUACCUCUCAGCAGUCCAGUUAUACACUGCCACGAGGCCCACCGCCAGCCUCGCCAUUCCCAGGAGCACGGGGAGCGAGACGGACUCCUGGAGCGACGACAGCGCCGGCGGCGGCGAGAGGUUCGCCAGGUCCUCCUGGGACGCGGCGUCCGAAGACGACGAUGAUUCGGCAUACUACGUCGCAGCCUCGUCGUACCUGAAUUUCCAGUACAGAGAGUGGGACUCGCCCUACGACAGAGUGCCGCUGGCCGACAAGGUGUCGGAGCUGGCGCACGAGUACCCAUGCUUGAUGUCCCUCAGGAGCGCCGAGCUCUCGCCUUCCAGCUGGAUGUCUGUAGCAUGGUACCCUAUUUAUCACAUCCCUGCCCAUGGGAACAUGAAGGGCAUCUCUACAUGCUUCCUUACCUACCAUUCCAUUUCAUCAGUUUUCCAAGAUAACAUACAGCGCAGCGGACCAGAACGUGACGGUGGCGACACCACCGUCCUCUCGCCGUUCGGGAUGUCAACAUACAGAAUGGAAGGCGACCUGUGGAGGCGGCCAGGAUCCUCGGAUCGCAGGCGGCUAUCUGAACUUCACUGGGCGGCGUCCUCCUGGCUGAAGCAGGUCGGGGCACACCACCCUGACUUUGCCUUCUUCACGUCUCACCACCGAUGACACCGGCACCAAUCUCCAUUGAUUAGUUCGACACGAAGGAAUAUGUUUUGACGGCAUUUCGCUGGACGAUAGUGAGGAGAUGUGUGCUGCAGGAGCUUCAUGUAGGAUUUGCUAGAACAGCGUGCACAUGCACUGAAUUCUUAUUCUCCUCAUUGUGUCUGAACUUUCGAGAGAUACACCAUGCAACUUGUUUACGUGGGAUUAACUGUGCAGAUACAUCAUCCUCUCCUUGCUGUUCCUUGACGGGCAAUGAUGUAGCCGCUACAAGGCAUUUUUGAAGUAAAAUGCAGGUUGUAAAUGCAA